UUGGCAACAGAUGGUCAAAGAUUGCAUCUCAAUUACCAGGAAGAACGGAUAAUGAGAUAAAGAACCAUUGGAAUACGCACAUAAAGAAAAAGCUGAGGAAAAUGGGGAUUGAUCCCGUGACCCACAAGCCUCUGUCUGAGGAAGAGGCUUCUCAGCCUCCGAAACCCCAACACAGCAAGAAAAAGACUCUCAAGAAACCUCAAGAACGCAAAAAUGGAGAAACCCAAGAGCAUCAAGAACGCGAAAGCGUGAGAUUAUUGAUCAACCACCCGGAUAAAGAAAGAGAUUUGGAUCAAAUGGGCAUCGGCCAGAAUGCAGGAAUCUGCGUUGACGAGGUUCCAUUGAUGAACCCGGAUGAAAUCUUGGCCAUGCCUCCUGGCUGUAUUAACAGUAACAGCUGCGGAUUAUCUUCUUCUUCGUCGUCUUCAUCGUCCUGCGCUUCAUCUGGCGACGGUACUUCGAAGUUUCCGGAAGAGAUGGAGUUUCUGGAUGAUUUCAAGUGGCUUCUGUCUGACGGUGACAUCGACAAGAACAAGAACGCUGUCGAUACGAUGAACUUCUUGUGGGACAAUGACUUAGGCGACAGCUUGGAUUUUCUUCUGAAUGAUGAUUUUGUUGGGAGUGAGUGUCCAAAAACGGUUUUGGACACGUGGGCUCCUCUCGGUUCUCAUCUUCUUUAAUUUUAUUUUUAUUUAUUUUUUUCUGUUCUUGAAGUGGGGUUUUAACUUGUAAUUUGGUGUUGGUAAUUAGAGGUGUAAAUACAAGGAAUAAAGUGUGCAAUUGUGAACGUCGUUUUCCAUUU